AGAAGCGCGCCGCCCGACUUAAAUGUGUUGAUAUUUUGAAGCAGAUGUUUUUAGAACAUUUGAAAAAUUUAACGUGGUUGAGUAAUUUGGGAUGUCUAACCCUCCCCGCGUGAGAUGCUCUAGAGCCCUGGUUCCGGUUAAUUUACGGUUAGCUCUAGGAAGCCGCUGGACGGAAUCAAUUUCACGUCUUAAAUUAUUGACAAAAUGAGCUCGGAUCUUCCCGAUAUCGAAGAUAUGAAGGAGGUGUUCGAUUUGUUCGACUUCUGGGAUGGUCGGGAUGGACUAAUUGAUGCGGUGAAAGUGGGCGAUCUCCUGCGAUGUUGUGGAUUCAAUCCCACUAAUGCACUCGUCUACAAAAAUGGAGGGACAAAGAAACCAGGAGAAAAGCAGUACACAAUGGAACAGUUUUUGUCCAUAGUCCGACAGGUAGUCAAAGAACGGGACACUGGGUCAUACAAGGAAUUUAUGGAGGCUUUCAAAUCUUUCGACCGAGAGGGACAGGGCUACAUCUCCCUGGGUGAGGCAAGGCAUGUCCUGACAGCCAUGGGUGACCGUUUAACGGAUGAAGAACUGGAGGACAUUUUACAAAGCAUCGACCUAGAUGUCGAUUACGAGGGAAACAUAAAAUACGAAGAAUUCAUAAAGAAGGUGAUGAAAGGGCCGCCAGAGGGAAAACCCGAGUUUACAUACUGAAAGAGACCGAUAUUUAUAGUAACAGCGAGAGAAGGGAUUGGGGAGCGGAUCAUUGUUUUGUUGAAAAGGCGAUCCACGAACGAAUAACGCACGCUUCUGCGGUUUAGUGUAUCCGCACUUUAUAUUACAAUGCUCGUAUCUAAAUAUCAACAUCUUCCUAUACGUUAGGUCGUAUAGUCCGAAGACAGAAUUAUUAUAAUGCACAGUUCGUGUAAAAAUGCAAUAUCUCUACUUCGUGUAUGGUACUUUUGUAAUGAUAUAUAUUUUGUUUAUUUAUAUACUUUCAAUUAAUUAUAUAUGCAUAUGUUGUCAAAUUAGUACAGAG